AUGAGGCUCCGCGUCGUGUUGCUCGUCCUGGCGCUCGUCCUGGCCGCCACCGCCGUUGUGCCGGUGCUGCUCCUUGGCGAGGACGACGACGCCGUCGUCGCACCGGCGCCUCCUUUCAACCCCUGUCGUGCCAAGGCCAUCUCGUGGCAGCCAAGGAUCUUCGUGUACAAGGGGUUCCUCUCCGACGACGAGUGCGACCACCUCGUGACUCUGGCGAAGAAGGAGACCAUGGUGGCGCACAACCAGUCCGGCUAUAGCUCGGGGCGCACAAGCACCGGCAUGUUCCUCAAGAAGCGCCAGGACCCGGUGGUGAGUAGGAUCGAAGAGAGGAUUGCGGCAUGGACAUUUCUUCCUCAAGAGAAUGCUGAGAACAUGCAGAUACAGCGCUACCAGCACGGACAGAAGUACGAGCCUCACAGGGACCAGGGUUUAGGAUACUGGGUGAACCAGCAGCUCCGGCCGGGAGGCUACCGGUACGCCACCGUGCUCAUGUACCUGUCCACUGUCGACAAGGGAGGCGAGACCGUGUUCCCCAAGGCCAAGGGAUGGGAGUCCCAGCCCAAGGAUGACACUUUCUCUGAGUGUGCACACAAAGGAUUGGCAGUGAAACCGGUGAAAGGCGACGCCGUGCUCUUCUUCAGCCUCCAUGUCGACCGGGAGCUAGACCCGCUCAGCCUCCACAGGAGCUGCCCGGUGAUCCAAGGCGAGAAAUGGUCUGCGCCCAUGUGGAUCCACGUCAGGUCCUACGAGAAUCCCCCGGUUGUAGACUUGUAG